UGUCCCUGUUGGUCGUGCAAUGGUACAACGACGCGUUAAUAUUACUAACCAGAUAGAAACAUCAGCUUCCCCAUAUUCAAGUAUACGCGUUCAAAGAGAAGGUGAAUUGGAAGAUGUUUCUACUUUAAAUGUUCAACAACAAGCACAACCACAAUGCAAUAAUAAGUCUGUUGAUGCUGCAGAAGAAUUGAGUGUGCAAGAGAUAGACCAAAUGAUUGACACUUUACAACAAUUACAACAUGAAUUUACACAGGCAGAGGAUGAUUAA